GGAAGUAGUUUGGGUAACAAUGGAAGUGGUGAUCCCGAUUUGGGAUCUUUUGUUAUUGCGGAGAACCAACACCAUUGAGGACAUCUGGAACACAAAAGAACCCAGGUCGAAGGUUCUUCGAAUGUGCAAAGUACAAGUUAAACUUGGAUUGUGGAUUUUUUGCUGGUAUGAGCCUUGUAUUUUGCAAGGAAGGGCUGAUUUGGGGCCAAUGAUGGUUCAGAAAAAAACAAAGGCUGUGAGGAUUGUUGAACAAUGCGAGAGUUCAGUAUCCAUGAGCAUUAGUGAAGAAAUGCAGAAGACAACAAUCACAAUGCAGAUGAAGAUUGAAGCCAUGCAAAAGGAGGUUGAUGGAAUGCAAAUGAGAAUGACAAAUGGGGGGAAAAUGAACUGGAAUUAUCUUUGAAUUGUUGUUUUUUGUGUUGUGUCGUAUAUGUGUGGCAAAAGCAGCCACUGAUCUCAAGUAGUAGUAGUAGUAGUAUGUUUGUUAUGAUAAUAAAUUUUAUAACUCCAUGAGGCAUUAGUGUUUUGACUUUCAGUCGAAGAAAUGUUUCAGCCGUUUCAAUGGAUAAAAACAGAAAUUUUGUUCCUUGAAUGGAAAUGGAUUCAUGACUAUAUUAUUUGUAAUAGACUGCGAUUGAAUGUGUUUAUGGGUACUGCUCUUAUAGACAUGUAUGAUAAAUGUGG